GCCCGCGGCGGGGCCCGCUGCCCUGCAGGCGAGCGCUGUCACAGAAAUGCCAUAAAACACGGACUGCGCUCGCCUGAGAGAAGCUCUCCGAGCGCAGCAGGCGGUGGCCGCGAGCAGAGGCCCUCCGGCAGCCCCAGGGCAGGGCGGGCCUGUCCCGUUCGGCCGCUCCUCGCCUCACGGCGGGGCCGGGGCGGGAGGGGAAGGCCGGAGGGGCAGAAAGGGCGGCUGAGGCGGAGCGGGGUCAGCGGGGCAGCCCGAAGCCGUGCGGACAGGCAGGGCAGGGCCAGGAACGCCUUCCCCUGGGGCCGGCCGAAUCCAGGGGAGCGGGGCCCGUCGCAGGGAACGGCGGUCACCGGGAGCAGCGGUGCCAGCGCCCCGAUCGCCCUCUCCCCCCUGCUGAACGGAGCACCGCGGCCUUUGGGCUGCGAUGUCCCCUGGGCGCGCCUGGGUCACCUGCCCAGCUGCGUCUGCUCCCUGCUGUGCCCAGCGGGAAUCCAAACCAGCCCCAGCUCAGCCCCUGGGGAGAAAAUGAACUCCAGGCCGGGGAAACCAGCGGAGCACACCGCGGUGAUAGAGGUGUUUGCUGUAGGCACGCUAUGGCUUGUGGUAAAACACAUCUGUGAGCCUGCCCACAGCUGGAGCCACGCGCACUUGCAAAUUUAAACUGGGGGAAUUGCGGCCCAGUUGAAGCCUAAGUGAUCAGGAGAGUAACUUUGUCAGCAUAUCCUUAUGCAGGCAAAAUAUUGGUAGCCUCUGGCAAGCUAAAUUCAACAAAAGCAGAUAUUAAAAGCUCAUAGUGCAAAGAAUAUGCUUACAGCUUGAGCACAAUUGAUUUGUAGAUAAUCUUGAAUGUUCUGAAAACAUUUUGCUGACUUGAUGUAUCUGUAAAGCUGCCCAACUUGGAAUGUGCGUAGCUUUGCCUAUAGCAUUUCCCCUAUGUUAUUUAAACAAAUACACCAUUUCAAGUAUUUGUUUCAAAGUAAUUCCCAACAUCUACUGCUCUUCUAGGUUGAUCAACUCCAAAAUGUUCCCUCAAAAUCUGUGCCAAGUUUGCAGAUGUUUGUUUCUGCGUAACUUGAAACUGAAUUCAGUAAAUGUGGCUGGUUUGGCCAGAAGGAUCCAGUCUUCAUCAGAAAAGCUUUGUGAGUCAGAGGAACAAACUGUCCAGAGAUGUGAAGCUGAAGAGCUGCCUCAAAAUGCAGAAAACAGUAAUUCUGGAAGAUUGCACAUACCAGUGAUGCUGGAGGAGGUUGUUAAUUUUUUAUCCCCUCAGCCAGGUCAGCGUUUCCUGGAUAUGACUUUUGGAGCUGGAGGUCACACAGCAGCUCUCUUGGCGAGAGCCAGUGGCAUCAGUGUGUUUGCCCUGGACAGGGACCCCACAGCUCACAGAAUGGCUCAGCAGAUGGCACAAGCCUACCCGAAGCAGCUUCAGCCUCUUCUAGGACGGUUCAGCGAGUCAGAGGCUUUGUUAAUCUCGUCUGGGGUUGAGCCAGGGACUCUGGACGGCGUUCUCCUGGAUGCUGGCUGUUCUUCCAUGCAGUUAGACACACCUGAAAGGGGCUUUUCCCUGCAGAAGGAUGGACCCUUGGACAUGAGGAUGGAUCAUGACAGGUGCCCUGGCAUGGCCACCGCUGCCGAUGUGGUGAACGCCCUGGAGCCGCGGGCGCUGGCGUCGGUGCUCAGCGCGUACGGCGAGGAGAGGCACGCCAGGAGGAUCGCCUCUGCCAUCGUGCAGGCACGCAGCAUCUACCCCAUCACCAGGACCAGGCAGCUGGCAAGCAUUGUUGCAGGUGCUUUUCCAGCAUCAGCGCUCUACGCACGGAAGGACUUGCUUCAGAGACCUGUGCACGUUGCUACUAAAACUUUCCAAGGCCUGAGGAUAUUUGUGAAUGAUGAGCUCCAUGAACUCCUGAUAGGGCUGAAGACAGCUGAGAAGUUUCUGAGGCCUGGAGGUCGCCUCGUAGCCCUGUCCUUUCAUUCCCUGGAAGAUCGUAUAAUCAAACGUUUCCUUCAUGGCAUUGACAUGACAGAAAAGUACAACCUUGGCUCAAAGCAGAAGAUAAGACAGGCUCUGAAAAAUGCCUCCAAAGGAGAAGACACACAAGGAUCUCCCUGUGGAAAAUCCAACUCAAAGUGGAUUUCUAUACAGAAAAAAGUUCUCACACCCCAGGCCAAGGAUAUUCAAACAAACCCAAGAGGAAGGUCAGCCAAGCUAAGAGCUGCUAUUAAACUCUAAACCAAAACAUAUGAUUGCAUGAUUGUAUCAUUUCCUUCCAUUCAACUUGCCAGAAUGCUGACUGGACAGAUAUUGUCAAACUGAAAAAAUAAAAUGAAGGCUGUUAGAAAACGU